AUGUACAAGGGGGCAGCUGGGGGCCAGAUGGGUGACAGAGGAGGUGGGGAGGAGACGGCGGAGGUGAAGCAGGCGGUGGACGAGAUGUUUCCUGAGGGUGCCGGGCCCUAUGUGGAUCUGGACGAGGCAGGAGGCAGCACAGGGCUCCUGAUGGACUUGGCAGCCAAUGAAAAGGCAGUUCAUGCAGACUUUUUUAAUGAUUCUGAAAAUCUCUUUGAUGAUGAUGAUAUCCAGUGA